ACUUUUUUUUGGGGGGUUGGAGGAGCGAUGUCGAAGGCGGUGUACGAAGGUUGGAUGGUCAGAUAUGGGCGGAGGAAGAUCGGCCGGUCGUAUAUUCACAUGCGGUACUUCGUGCUGGAGCCUCGGUUGCUCGCUUAUUACAAGAAGAAGCCUCAGGAUAAUCAGGUGCCACUCAAGACGUUGCUGAUUGAUGGGAACUGUAGGGUGGAGGAUCGAGGCUUGAAGAACCAGCAUGGGCACAUGGUUUAUGUAUUGUGUGUUUACAACAUGAAAGAGAAGCACCAUCGUAUUAUGAUGGCGGCAUUCAACAUUCAAGAGGCAUUGAUCUGGAAGGAGAAAAUUGAGUCAGUUAUUGAUCAGCACCAGGAGUCACAAGUGGCCAAUGGUAAUAAAUAUACCUCUUUUGAAUAUAAAUCUGGGAUGGGUAAUGGGAGGACUGCUUCUUCUUCGGACCAUGAAAGCCAGUAUAGUGCGCAGGAAGACGGAGAUGAUGCUCGUCCUAGUUUAUCACGAAGGACAACAAUUGGAAAUGGUCCUCCAGAGUCGGUCUUUGACUGGACACAGGAACAUGAUUUGGAAUUAUCAAACCAGGAUAACAAUAAUCAAGCAUUUUCUAGAAAGCACUGGCGUCUUCUUCAAUGUCAAAAUGGUCUUCGCAUUUUUGAAGAGCUUCUUGAAGUCGACUACCUUCCAAGGAGUUGUAGUAGAGCAAUGAAGGCUGUCGGAGUUGUAGAGGCAUCUUGUGAAGAAAUAUUUGGGCUUGUAAUGAGCAUGGAUAGCACCCGAUUUGAGUGGGAUAGCACCUUCCACACAGGUAGCUUAGUUGAGGAAGUAGAUGGACAUACAGCAAUACUGUACCAUAGACUUCAGCUAGAUUGGUUCUCUACGUUUGUAUGGCCUCGUGAUCUUUGUUAUGUGCGCUAUUGGCGACGAAAUGAUGAUGGAAGUUAUGUUGUUUUAUUUCGUUCCAGGGAGCAUGUAAACUGUGAUCCACAGCCUGGAUGUGUGCGGGCACAUGUUGAGAGUGGAGGGUUUAAUAUCUCACCCUUACAACCUCGACAUGGGAGACCAAGAACUCAAGUGCAGCAUCUCAUGCAGAUUGAUUUGAAAGGAUGGUUGGUGGGUUAUUUUCCGUCAUUUCAACAACAUUGUCUUCUUCAGAUGUUAAACAGCGUCGCUGGGCUACGCGAAUGGUUUGCCCAAACAGAUGAAAGAAUUCCUCCUCCCCGAAUCCCAGUGAUGGUUAACAUGACUUCAACCUCUGUUUCUUCAAAGGCUCGAAAGCUGCAAGGUUCUUCUGCUCAUUCUGGCCCAUCUCUUGAAUCAUUGAACUCUGGUAGAAAUUCUGUGAUGAUGGAUGAAUACUCUGAUGAUGACGAAGAGCAAGGAGCUGACACAGAACAGGAGGGAAGCUCCACUGGGAUCGAGAAUGAUAUCAAGAAAAAUGUGGUCGAAGAACAAGGAGACCAAAUUGACUUAUCAUGUUUUACUGGUAAUUUGCGGCGUGAUGAUCGUGAUAAGGCUCGUGAUUGCUGGAGUAUUUCUGAUGGAAACAACUUCAAAGUUCGCAGCAAGCACUUCUGCUAUGACAAAUCUAAGAUUCCUGCAGGUAAACAUUUGAUGGAUCUUGUUGCCGUUGACUGGUUCAAGGACAAAAAAAGAAUGGACCAUGUUGCUAGACGAAAAGGAUGCGCUGCACAAGUAUGUGUAAAAAAAGGGCUUUUCUCUGUGGUCAUUAAUUUGCAAGUGCCUGGGUCUAUGCAUUACAGUAUGGUGUUUUACUUUGUAACAAAGGAAUUGGUAUCCGGAUCCCUAUUGCAGCGGUUUGUAGAUGGCGAUGAUGAAUUCCGUAAUAGUAGGCUGAAGUUGAUCCCUUCGGUUCCCAAGGGUUCAUGGAUUGUGCGACAGAGUGUUGGAAGCACCCCCUGUUUAUUGGGGAAAGCAGUUGAUUGCAAUUAUAUUCGUGGCCCCAAGUACUUAGAGAUUGAUGUUGAUAUUGGUUCUUCCACUGUUGCUAAUGGAGUAUUGGGGAUUGUAAUUGGAGUUAUCACAACGCUGGUGGUUGACAUGGCGUUUCUUGUACAGGCUAACUCUGCUGAUGAAUUACCUGAGCGGCUAAUUGGGGCAGUACGUGUUUCCCACAUAGAGUUGUCUUCUGCAAUUAUUCCAGAACUGGAUCCAGAAACCUCUUGACAAUCCAAAAUACUUGUACAGAGAUUUUUUUUCUACUAGAAGAUGCAUGACAUGGAGCUUUCCAGCAAGCUUGGCAUGGUGAUCUGUAAAGGUCUGAAGCUUCCGAUUCUUCUCGUUCCCUCAAGGACUCGCAGACAUCAGUCAUGCAAUCCUUUUCCUUUGUAGAUAGGCAAUUGGGGAUCGGCACUUCAAUUCUUUGAGUUCUUUCUUUAUAGAUUGCGAAUGAUCCAAUGACUGAGGUAUUACAAGGUGCAACAAGAUUAUCUCCUUCUCGUUUCAUUUUCCUUUCUAAUACAGUUCAACAUGUUCACACCCCACAAAUUCUUCUCUGCGCCAUUGGUGUAUAUUCCUGAAUUAUAGUUCACACUCAACAUAUUUUUUAAGUUUGCAUUUGCAAAUUACAGGCAUAUCAUAUCCAAUAUCCGAAGACCUAAUUUGCAUUA